AUGGUACAUAAUCAGCCAAUUAAGCUGAUUUGUACAGCUUGAUCUAACGUUUGCAGAAGUACGUAUAUCAGUAUGGCUUCCCGCAGCUGCUUCUCUUUCUCUAUAGUGUGUGUUGUGGCAGUGAUGGCGUUUGCUAUCUUGGCCACGGCGAGCAAUGCGCAGCCGCUAGACCCUCAUUUCUACGACAAGGUGUGCCCGGCGGCGCUCCCCGCAAUAAGGAAGGUCGUCGAGGAGGCCGUCGCGGUGGAGCCGCGCAUGGGGGCCUCGCUCCUGCGCCUGCACUUCCACGACUGCUUCGUCAACGGGUGUGAUGGGUCCAUCCUGCUCGACGACACGCCCUUGUUCACAGGCGAGAAGAAGGCCGCACCCAACGUGAACUCGGUUCGCGGCUUCGACGUGAUCGAUCGCAUCAAGGACGCCGUCAACGCCGCGUGCGGGGGCAACGUGGUGUCCUGCGCCGACGUCGUGGCCGUCGCAGCACGUGACUCCGUCGUCGCGAUAUUGUUGCAGCUGGGAGGGCCGUCAUACGACGUGCUUCUGGGCCGGAGGGACGCGCGGGUGGCGAGCCAAGCCGCAGCGAACAAGAGCAUCCCAGCGCCGACCAUGGACCUCGACGGCCUCGUCUCCAACUUCGCAUCGCACGGCCUCACCGCGCAAGACCUGGUCGUGCUCUCGGGCGGCCACACGCUGGGCUUCUCCCGCUGCACCAACUUCCGUGACCGCCUGUACAACGAGACAGCCACAUUGGACGCCUCCCUUGCCGCGCAGCUCAGGGGGCCCUGCCCGCUUGCCGCCGGCGACGACAACCUCGCGCCGCUUGACCCGACGCCAGCGCGGUUCGACGGCGGGUACUACGGCUCUUUGCUGCGCAGCCGGGGGCUGCUGCACUCGGACCAGCAGCUGCUCGCUGGCGGCCCCAGUCCUAGUCCCACGGACGCGCUCGUUAGGUUCUAUGCCGCCAACCCGGAGGCGUUCAGGAGGGACUUCGCGGAUGCCAUGGUGAGGAUGGGCGGUCUGAUCACCGGGAGUGGCGGCGAGAUCCGCGUCGACUGCAGGAAGGUGACUUGAACUAGUGUGCACGCAUGCACAACAGGAGGUCUGAGCCAAAUGCACUGUGUUUCCGGAAACGGAGCAUAGUCGAACAGUGUUCUUGGUUUUAAUUUUUAGUUGUGUGGCUUGCAUUUUAUUUCAUUCCUUGAAACAGGCUUUCGCCCGCUUUCUAAAUAAAGCACAUUUUAUUUUAUUUCAUUCCUUUUGUGGGGCUUUGUAAAAUUGUAAGUGGAAACAAUGUUCCCGGUCGUUUAUACUUUGUAUGUCAAUCAUGUAACACGAGUUAGAGGUUAGACCGUUUCUUUCACCCAACAACAAAAUUUAUAUGAUGUUCAUGGGUUACUAA